AUGUCGAAGAAACAUGCGACCGAAUUCGAGAAGAUCAUCAAGGAAGGUACGUUUGCGAAUCACAAUAGACUGUUUGUGGGCAUUUUGCCUCGAGUUCCAUGGGAGCGACAUGGACCCUCUGCCAUGGGCAGCAUCCAAAAGACUACUAUGCGAAUGGCCUCCCAGAAACUGAUACCUGACCGUGCAGGCCGCGAGCGCAAGAAGAAUGAGGACCUCGCCGCGCGAAUCUUCAACCGAGAUGGCAAGCGCCGCAACAGUGCGCCCCUUAAAUCCAACGUUGGGGGUUCGCUGGCCAGCCGAGUUGGUGUGAAGAAGCGAGUCUCCUCUGCUGCGCGCAUCCCGCCUGGAAACGUUGAUGGCGCAUGGACACAUGACCUGCACGGUGCCAGACCCGUGGCGCAACGACCAGCACCGAAUUCGCUCGCCGCUCGCAUCCACGCGCCGGGAACCACCCUCCCUAGAUCACGACCUGCAGCUCCGGCUGCGCGCGCAAACCGUACUGCUAGGCUUGCCAAUGCAUUCGACCGAACUGCCUCGUCACCAUCCAAUGCACACCAGCAGAUGAAUGUUCAAGCACCGCAGCCCAUUCAGCGCGGUAUUACUAUCAGGGGUCUGGCCGGACCCUUCGCAGUGAUGGCUCAGAACUUUGCGCCCGGCACCACGGCCGCCGACAUCGAGAGCGCCAUGACGCCGGUAGGAGGGCUCGUCAGCAGCUGUCGGUUGGUUAAGACCCACCCGAUUGUGAUUGCAGAGAUCGUGUUCGAGAGCAAGGAGGGCGCGGAUAGUGUGAUCGCAACAUUUCACAACCAGACGGCCGACGGUAGAACGCUCCACGUGUACCUGAAACCUGGUGGCUCUUCGUACAAUCCUCCUCUGCCUCCUCCUACCGGCCCUCGUUCCCAUCGCACCAACGAGACACGAGCAGGCGACAAUAGUGUGUUGGUCGACGGGUCCAUGGGGUUUGACGACCCGAUGGAUCACGAAGCGGUAGAUCAGCGCGAUCUUACUGGUAGCUAUGUGAAGGGAGGAACGCUCUACAGCGACAAGCUAUACCCCCGAAACAGCAGUAGCAACGACAACUACAGUAACGGUAGUGGAAGCCGUCGAGGCCGGGGCUUCCGGCCGGGGCGAUAG